AUGUCUUUUGGGGCGUCAAACUCUGGCCUCCAGGCCAAUAUCAUAAAUGGUUCACGUAAUGGGCUAGAACGACCGAAAACUCCACCAACCCCUCUGUCAACCGUGCCGUUCCGCCGCGACCCAGAUUUUGUCGAUCGUGGAACCCUGCUAGAUGAAAUCGAUGAAAAGGCAGUGCAUCCGGGUGCCCGGGUAGGGCUCGUUGGUAUAGGGGGCGUUGGGAAAUCGCAACUUGCUAUCGAAUACACGUAUCGUGUGCGCGACCGGUCGCCGGAGACAUGGGUAUUUUGGGUCCAUGCAAGCAACGCGACUCGUUUUGAGCAGGACUGUCGGACGAUCGCCCAUAGAGCUAAGAUAGCUAGUCUACAGGGCUCUUCAGCAGAUAUAUUCCAAGUUGUCUCCGACUGGCUGCAUGACACGAGGAGAAAAUGGGUCCUUGUGCUCGACAAUCUCGAUGAUGAUAGCUUCCUUCAUCGCGCUCUGCCGGCGAAGCAAGAGAACGCUGGAGAUCAGGCGAGUGACGUGUCAGGACGCACUAUCUGGGACUAUUUCCCUCAGAGCUUGAGUGGCUUAAUUCUCAUCACUAGUCGAGUCAAGCACAUGGUAGCGCGCAUCGUUGACGACAAUGACGUUAUAUCAAUACAGCCAAUGCAAGAGAGCCAUGCGGUCGCACUUUUCGAACGCAAGGUAGGGGUUGCGGGCAAGGAAGAAGACGCUAGCCAGCUUGUUGCUGCUCUCGAUUUUAUGCCGCUUGCCAUAGUACAAGCAGCCGCCUACAUCAAGCAUAGGGCACCCCGGUCUUCGGUCGAAAAGUACCUCGCAAUAUUCCAGGGGAGUGAUCAUAAGAAAGCCGAACUUUUGGCCCAUGAAGGAGGCCAGCUGCGACGAGACAGAGACACCGAGAAUGCGAUCUUCGCAACAUGGCAAAUCUCAUUUGAUCAUUUGUACUCUCAUCACCGCUCAGCAGCAGACUUGCUGUCCAUUAUGAGCUUUUUUGACCGACAGGGUAUUCCUGAGUUUGCACUGCAGUACAGGGUUGAGACAGGAGACCUAAGUGAUGUCGAAGAGGACAGUGCAAGCAAUAGUAUCACCUUUGAAGAUAAUAUACUAUUGCUGCGCAAUUACUCUUUGAUAUCUGUUAGCCCUGAUGGAACGACUUUCGAGCUGCACCACCUUGUCCAAUUAGCCGUCCAGCAAUGGCUCAAGAAUCAUGAUCAGUUCGAGAAAACGAAAAAUGAUUUUAUUUACAGACUAUUUCAAAGUUUACACGAGCCUGGUGUUUCUUCUCGCACGAAUUCUCAGUUGCUACAUGCCCAUAUACAACGUGCAGUCGAACAGAGACCUCGAGACGACGGUCCACUCGAAUUGUGGGGGAACAUCCUUCUCCAUGCAGCCUGUACUAUGGCAAUACCUGAUAUUCGCAAUUUCCUGACAAUAGUUACCCUUACAUAUCAAGCAUUGAAGGAAACCUUCGGCCCGGACCAUAAGUAUACACUUCACGCAACGUUGGUGUUGUCUAGCGCAUAUCAAGGGUUGGGAAAGCUGCAGGAAGCGGAAGAAUUACAAAACCGUCUUAUAGAGGUACACAUGCGGUCAGUGGGGCCUGGACACUUCAAUACUCUUCAAGCCAGACAUCAACUAUCAGUAACAUACCUUGCUCAGGGUCGAUGGAAAGAGGCAGAAGAUCUUCAAUGGGAGCUGGUAAAAAUCUCGAAGCGACUAAGGGGUUCAGAUGACUUUCUUACACUCUCAAUCAUGAAAACUUUGGCAAAAAGCUACAAGCAGCAGGAACGUUGGAAAGACGCUAGAGAACUUGGGGUUCAGGUCAUGGAGGCCUAUCAGCGAACCCUAGGACCAAUGCAUCCUCUAUUUCUAAGGAGUAUCGUCAAUUUAUUCGAGUUACAGACCUGCUCGGGGCACGAGGAGUUGAAGAUCACGGAAGGCCGUGCAAUACAAGCCCUGGAAACUUUGAUGGGGAUCCUAGGACCAGACCACCCCGAAACUCUAAUUAGCAUGGUCAGCUUAGCAAAUACUUACCGGCACCUCCUGCAAGGGAGAUGGAAAGAAGCGGAGGACCUCAGGCUAAAGAUCCUGAGAGGCUCAGGGCAAGCCUUGAACCAGGACACCUUAAAAUUACUAGGACUGGCUGAGGAGUACGGAGGCCUUAGCAUCAAUAUAACUACUGCGACCUGGAACCUUUUGAGAAAGCGGGAGAGGCUUCAGGAACACGCUAUGGAAACCCGUAAGCAAUUCCAAGGAAAAGACCACCCGGACUCCCUGAGGUCCAUGCAGGAACUUACUGAUAUCCUUAUGUCUUCAAGUCAAGACAAAGCCGCUAGAUGCUUAAUGACGGAACGCAUUAUAUUCUGCGAACAAGCACUUGGUUUUGAUCGUCCGGGCACUAUCUCUUCAAAUGAUGGAUGA